AUGAAAGGUCGUUCUCAUCAACAUGCCCGUCAUGCGAGACGCUUUGGAUUAGGUGAACAAGAUGAAAUUGCAGCACCAAUUGAGGUCAGGAAACCCAAUCCAGAUCCAGCAUUGCAAACAAUUGUAUCAGUCGUAUAUGUAACGGCUGCACCAACCUUCAGCGGAUCAAUUGCAGGCUACUCAACUGUCGGACAAGAUGAUGAAACAACAUCAGCUGAAGUUGAGAAGACAACAUCUUCUUCAACCAAAACUACCGCCGCCAAAACAACAAGUUCCAGUUCCUCAAGUCAAACUCACACUUCAUCCGCCGCUUCCACUCUUGAGACUUCUGCUUCCAGCUCCACCGAGCUUCCCAGUUCCAUUAUCGCGACAUCAUCUGUAGGAAGUUCAGUUGCUCUUCUUGCCGCCACCAAUAAUGCACCAACAUCAAGUUCAGCAACUGGUACCUCCGCGAGUGCAUCUUCUACUGCUACUUCUGCUGCAGACACAUCAAGUUCCGGUAUGAGUACGGGUGGUAAAGCAGGAUUGGUUGUUGGAAUCUUACUAUUGCUUGGAGCCUUACUUGUACUCCUCUUGUUCUUCUUUAGGAAGAAGAAGCAGGCUGCUAAGAGAGAACGUCUCGAUGAUGAAAAAUCGGCCAUGGAAGCUUCCUCUGCUCGACGAGCAGAAGUUGAACGUGCGGAAGCUGCACGCCUAGCAAGUCUAGGUGCGGCUCAAGGAGGAGCAGCUCAUCAAUUAUCUCUGCGUCCGGUUACAGAAUUCCAGCCCUUCAACGAGAAGCAAGGCCUCAAUCAAGCACCAGCUCAAACCGGUAGCAUGUUGACGCCAAUAAUAACUACCCAAUCUGUAGGACAGGAACAAAACAUGAACAACCCAUUUGGAAACCACGCGGAAGCUAUUGAUACACCCAAUACCAAUGGUCCACCUGUCAUAGAAGGUUUGAACGCUGGAGGUGAAAUAAUUGCUGCCUCUGCCGGUACUGCUGUCGCGCUUUCUACCACUGCUACCACUGCUAGCCCUACUACUCCUCCCGCUCAAGGUGCCCCUGCUCCCGCUCAAGUCAAACCCGUUGGUCUAGCUCGCAGUGCUUCUAAAGCUGGAAAUGGUCUUAGACAAAUAGACUUCACUACCAAAAGCAACACAGCUUUAAGCCCACCAAGUCCAUCUGGCUCUGAAUUUAGUACUGUAUCAGGAAACACUCAAGCUCAAUCCGCAACUGGUACGGCUAUUGUCGCAGCUGGUGGUCCUCCAAAUACCACUGUUCACCGAGUUCAACUUGAUUUUGCACCUUCCAUGGAUGAUGAACUUGAGUUAAAAGCUGGUCAAUUGAUUCGUAUCUUGCAUGAAUAUGAUGAUGGAUGGGCUCUUUGUAUCCGUCUCGACCGUUCUAAACAAGGUGUUGUUCCUCGAACUUGUCUUUCUACUAGACCUGUUAAACCUCGUCCUCAACAAGCUGGUCCUCAAGGUUCACCUGCUAUGCGCAGUCAACAAGGUCCUCCUCGCAUUCCCAACAAGGAUGGUCCACCUUAUCCAUCGUCUCCAGUGGGUAAUCGAACAAUGACACCAAAUGGACCAUCACCAAACGGACCACCAAGACCCAUGCAAUCAAACGGACCAUCACCAAACGGACCCCCAAGACCUAUGCCAUCAAACGGACCAUCACCAAAUGGACCACCAAGACCAAUGCAAUCGAAUGGACAAGGUCCUCCUCGUGGUCCUGGUAUGAAGCAAGGUCCUCCUAAAUCUUUGUCGCCAAAUGGACCCUUACCAAAUGGACCUCCAAGACCAAUGCAACCAAAUGGUCAAGGUCCUCCUCGUAGCCCUGGAAUGAUGCAAGGUCCUUCUAGAACAAUGUCGCCCGCUGGUAACAGACCCUUGACACCUCAAGGUCAACGUCCAAUGGUUCCUCCAAAUCACCCAAAUCAAAAACGUUCAAUGACACCACAAGGUCUACCUGCACCAAGCAUCACAAUUCCACAAGUUCAGGCAAACCAGCAGCGACCACUCACUCCAACAAAUCAACAAGUGACUCCACCAAAUGAGGGACGUGCUCGCAGUGAUUCGGAUACCGAUCCUAUUUCCAGACAACCAAGUCCUCCAAUUACUGCAACAGCACCAAUGGAUGCUCCUUCAUCUCCUCCAAACAUCAGAAGUCCAGUAGAAAGAAAGCCUCUUCCAGGUCAAGCCUUGUAA